GUUCCAUUUCACAUAUUCCGCAUACGGCACAUAGAAAGUCAGAUCUCGUAGCAAGACGACCAAUCGCUAUGAGAACGGUCAGCAGUGCGGCAAUAUCCAGGCUCGCUCUUCCACCAGAUCAAUCAGCGUGAUACUGCAUCCUCAGCAACUUGUCAACUCGAAACACUACAAGUCUAACCCGCAGCAGUGGUACGCUCAAACUUCCAAUCCUGCCCGUACAUCAGUGAUAUCCACCCCCAUAUCUGCCAUCUCCCUCCAUCUACUGAUCAAAGAACAACUCAUCCCUCUCAUGCUUCUUCCGCUCAUGCCGUUUCUCCAUCUUACUGCCCAGAUACGCGCCCGCCAGCGCUCCCGAAAUCGGAUGGUCGCCCAGCAACUCGCCGCCAACCAUGCCCGCCGCACCGCCGCCGACCGCGCCCAUCAAGCCACGCUCGUCUUUGCGAGAGGAGGGCAGCGCUGCGUACGGAUCGUAUGUGCCGUAGGUGUUGAAUGGAGCUCGGUCACCGGGUUGUUGGUACUGGUAUUGGGGACUUGGAGAGUAGCGCGGUGGCGGUGGUGGAGGCUGGUAGGCGGAGUAGUUGUUGUAGUUACGGUUGGGCUCGCAGUAGGGACUGCAGUGGUGUUAGAGAGUCACUGCCAAGGGAUGGCGUUAUCUGAGUCAAUUACGCUGGCGGAUCGCGGUAUGGUUCGUAUUGUGGGUAGUUCCGACUGUAGGGAUACUGGGUUUGCGGCCGAUAAGGUUGGUCUGAGAAGAAUGCCUGUGAAGCGGAUUGCGUGGGGUAUCCGGCUUGUUGAUACCAUUGGGCUGGAGCCGCGUAUUGCUGGUCGGGGGCGGAGGUGUAGGCGUUGUAUUUAUCAGCCAUGGUCGUGUUCAUGCGCUCGCAAAUAUUCGUUGGGACGCUUUCGGGAGUCUCUGAAGCUGAUGAAGCCAGAAGCAGUUUGAGAAACCGUGAUCAGCCAAGUGAGCGGAAGUAGAAGACAGGGCGUUCACUAAAUGGCUCACAAAGUAUACUACAAGCUGCAGCCACAUCCGAGCAACUGUUGUGACACCGCGCAUUCUGGCACCGGAGUCGAACGAAGUCGCGCGCCUGCGGCUGCCGAACAUGGCAUAGACCGAGCGGGUGUGGCGCCGCUGUAACCUGGCGUACCAGGUAUGAUGUUCUUCGC